GAUGUGACAACUCAUCGCGAAGGCAGGUCGUUGUGCAAGCUUCAGCGGCUAGUCGCGAGUGGUUUGUGCAAAGUGAGCGCUGCCUGCCAUCUGGGGCUGGAAUGGAAUAAAAUACGAGCGUGUGGCUGCAAUCUAUAACGAGUUUCGAUUCGACGCUGACAGCAGUGGGGAGGGAGAGGGUGUCCGGCCGCCGGCUUGCAGCGUUUGAUGGAGUAAAUAUGUCAGUCAGGUCUGGCUUUUACAAACAAGAACUAAACAAAACGAAAUGGGAGGUUCCGGAGAGAUACCAGAAUCUGACUCCCGUUGGAUCAGGGGCUUAUGGAUCUGUUUGCUCUGCAUAUGAUACAAGAACACGACGGAAGGUAGCAAUAAAAAAGCUAUCAAGACCAUUUCAGUCGCUGAUUCAUGCAAGGAGGACAUACAGAGAGCUGAGAUUGUUGAAGCACAUGAAACAUGAAAAUGUUAUUGGAUUGUUAGAUGUCUUUACACCAGCAGUCACACUGGAGAAUUUUCGAGAAGUGUACUUGGUGACGAACCUCAUGGGUGCAGAUUUGAAUAACAUCGUUAAGUGUCAAAAGCUGACAGACGAUCAUGUGCAGUUUCUCGUGUAUCAGUUACUCAGAGGACUUAAGUAUAUCCAUUCAGCUGGUAUCAUUCACAGGGAUCUGAAACCAAGCAAUUUAGCAGUAAAUGAGGACUGUGAAUUACGAAUUCUAGAUUUUGGGUUGGCACGGCAGACCGAUGAUGAGAUGACUGGUUAUGUAGCAACUAGAUGGUAUCGAGCGCCAGAAAUAAUGCUAAACUGGAUGCAUUAUAAUCAGACAGUGGAUAUUUGGUCUAUCGGAUGCAUUAUGGCAGAGUUGUUGAAAGGAAAAGCCCUCUUCCCAGGAACUGAUUAUAUUGAUCAACUGAAGCGAAUAAUGGAAGUUGUUGGAACACCAAGCACUGAAUUACUAAAAAAGAUAUCUUCAGAACAUGCUAGAAAAUACAUUGAAUCUUUACCAUACAUGCCUCAAAAAGAUUUGAAAGAACUAUUCAAUGGUGACAAUCCUUUAGCUGUAGAUCUGCUUCAGAAGAUGCUUAUACUUGACACUGAUAAGAGGAUAACUGCAACAGAUGCUCUGACUCACCCUUACUUUGCUCAGUAUCAUGACCCUGAUGAUGAACCAGAAGCAGAACCAUAUGAUGAUUCAAUAGAAAAUAAGGAACGAACUAUAGAGGAGUGGAAAGAACUUACAUUUGGGGAGGUAAACAGCUUUGAGUUGCCACAAUCUACAAUGGAUAACAUGGAGAUGGAACCCUAGGAGCAGCCUCAUUAAACACGUUAUUAAGAAAUAAGAAGCAUUUCAGCUGCCUGCUGGUGAAUGACUUGCUGGAGAGCUACAUUUUCACCACCUCUACAGGUUAUCACACAACAAAUUGAUAACUUAGUUAUCGCUGUCUUAAACCAAAAACAAUUGAAUGUAUUUUGAAAUUUAAUUUGGUUUAACCAUGACUUUUUGCAUGACUUCUUCUGUAAACAGUUAAUAAACCAAAUCAUGUCUGGCAUUCAUCCUAAGUUUAUCAAUGGCUUUUUAUGUCUAUAUCAAUACCUGUUGUUAUUGCUGCUAAAGUUGGGCAAUGUUGCUGACUCAUUCAAAACUUUUGAAAGCACAAAUGUCUUCAAGAUGUCACUUGACAACUAUACCAUUUACUUUAUCUGAAACCUGAUCAUUCUUCAAUUAUUUAUGAUUCACAAACCAAAAAUCAGAAAAAUUCAAAAUAAAAUUUUAUUGUCUUCA